ACUACACUUGAAAAGGGUGAUCCUUUUAGCGAAAUAAAUGAACCUAACAAAACACCAAGUAUUGACUCACAAACGAAAGAGUACAUUGAUAAUGCGUGCCAAAGAGCUAUAUCAACACUGUUCAAUAGAGUAAAAGAACUGAUAGACCAACAGAGGGAAGAGCAGCAACAAUGGAAUGAACAACUGAAAAAUAUGAUCAAAAACCAUUUCAAUCAGCUUCAGCAGGUCAAUUUAACCAAUAUAGAGAAACAGCCUGACAAUAACCAACUACCAGAAGAAGAUCACACCUUCCCAUUAACCAUAAACUCAGCAGACACUAGAGAAUUCACAACCCAAGGUAACUAUCCACCUACCUCAAUUCUCAAUGAAAUAAUUGUAAACAUAAAACCAUCAGAUAUAGUAAUGAGUAAAGAUAUUCAAGGGUUUGACAACCCAUUGGCAGCUGAAAUUGAGAGUAGAAGGCUUUGUAUUUUGUAUACAAAAUAUAAAUUUUUGGCAGUAAUGUUAUAUGAUGAAGACUGUCAACUAGAAUUAACAAUAAAUUAUAAUUCAAUAUUAUUGGAGCAGAAUGUUGUAGCAGAAGGAGAUAAUUUUGAUAUCUUAGCAACAAAAAGGCUAAGGUUCAACAAGUUAGGAGUAAAUAAAACAGAGGUACUAUGA